GUCAUGUACCUCAACAGAAAAGUUGCCCGUUAUUAUCUGGCACGGGAUGGGCGAUAGAGGAACGGGUAUGGGUAUACUGAAGCUAGCUAAAGCGAUACAAGACGAAAUACCUGGAACAUAUGUCAAAUGCAUUACCACCAGCAACUCAAUAAUUCAGGAUAUUGAAGAUACAUAUUUUAUGCCGAUCAAUGAUCAACUGGAUUAUGUUUGUCGUAUGAUACAUGAAGAUAAAAACCUAUCUAAUGGUCUACACAUGAUUGGUAUAUCACAGGGUGGAUUAUUUGUUAGAGCGUUAGUUCAAAAAUGCAACUUAUCGAAAGUCGGCACAGUUGUUUCUAUUGGAGGACCUCAACAGGGUAUAUUUGGGAUACCAAAAUGCACUAUUGAUGGGUUUAUUCAUUUGUGCUUAUUAAUGAACGAGCUACUUUCAUAUGGAGCCUAUAUUAAAUUUAUUCAGAGUCACGUUGUUCAAGCUCAAUACUGGCAUGAUCCAUUGGAGGAAGAUGUUUAUCGCAAAUACUCCCAAUUUUUAGCUGAUAUUAAUCAGGAAAACGAAAUAAACGAAAUUUAUCGUGAAAAAAUGAGAAAUAUUCAAAGACUAGUAUUGGUAAAGUUUUCAGGUGACACUAUUGUAAUCCCAAAGGAAUCUGAAUGGUUUGGAUUUUAUCAGAAUGGAUCAUCGACAAACGUAACAGCAUUACAGGACAGUAUUCUGUAUACUGAAGAUCGUCUAGGUCUCAGAGAACUUAAUAAAAGGGGUGAUUUACAUUUUAUUGAAAAAGAUGGUGAUCAUUUACAUUUUGAUGUGAAUUGGUUCAUUGAAAAGAUUGUUACUGCUUUUCUGAAAUAAUUUCAAUCAGUAAAAUACACAAUACUUCGUAAACUUUAGAGCAACAUAUAUAUUAUUUUUAACCAAUCAAUGAACACAAUUCACUGAACACAUAAAUCAUUCUUAAUUUUAACAUUUCAUUCAUCUUACAUUUUCUGAAAUGAAGUUGCUAGUACAUCAUGCACUUCAGAAAGUACUCAUUAAACUAAGAGGUUAUCUAUUCUAAAUGACAAUUAAAUUAUUAAAUAAUGAUUUAAAUCAAACCAGAACCUUCACUUAAAAUAUAAUGAUCACUCAAAAA